AUGCACACUGCCCAGAGCUCCUGCCCUGGAAGCCCCCCAGAUACUGGUGAUGGGUGGGAGCCAGUCCCAUGCCGGGGAGAGGUCGACUUCGGAGGGUCCGGGAAGAAGCGAGGCAAGUUUGUGAAGGUGCCAAGCAGCGUGGCCCCCUCUAUGCUCUUCGAACUCCUGCUCACCGAGUGGCACCUGCCAGCCCCCAACCUAGUGGUAUCCCUAGUGGGCGAGGAGCGGCCUUUCGCUAUGAAGUCCUGGCUUCGGGACAUCCUGCGCAAGGGGUUGGUGAAAGCAGCUCAGAGCACAGGUGCUUGGAUCCUGACCAGCGCCCUCCGUGUAGGCCUGGUCCGUCAUGUUGGACAGGCUGUACGUGAUCACUCUCUGGCUAGCACAUCCACCAAAGUUCGCGUAGUGGCCAUUGGAAUGGCCUCUCUGGACCGUAUCCUUCAUGGUCAGCUUCUAGAUGGUGUCCAGGAGGAUACCCCCAUCCACUACCCUGCAGAUGAGGGCAGCAUCCAGGGACCUCUCUGCCCUCUGGACAGCAAUCUCUCCCACUUCAUCCUGGUGGAGCCUGGUGGCCUCGGGAGUGGAGACGGACUGGCAGAGCUACGGCUGAGCCUGGAGAAGCACAUCUCUCAGCAGAGGACAGGUUAUGGGGGCACCAGCAGCAUCCAGAUACCUGUCCUUUGCCUACUGGUCAACGGUGACUCCAGAACCCUGGAGAGGAUUUCCAGGGCAGUGGAGCAGGCUGCCCCAUGGCUGAUCCUGGCAGGUUCUGGGGGCAUCGCUGAUGUACUUGCCGCUCUGGUGAGCCAGCCUCAUCUCCUGGUGCCUCAGGUGACUGAAAAGCAGUUCAGAGAGAAAUUCCCCGGCGAGUGUUUCUCUUGGGAAGCCAUUGUGCACUGGACGGAGCUGCUACAGAACAUCGCUGCGCACCCCCACCUCCUCACUGUGUAUGACUUCGAGCAGGAGGGUUCUGAGGACCUGGACACUGUCAUCCUCAAGGCACUUGUGAAAGCCUGCAAGAGCCACAGCCAGGAGGCCCAAGACUACCUAGACGAGCUCAAAUUGGCUGUGGCCUGGGACCGCGUGGACAUUGCCAAGAGCGAGAUCUUCAAUGGUGACGUGGAAUGGAAGUCCUGCGACCUGGAAGAGGUGAUGACAGAUGCCCUAGUGAGCAACAAGCCUGACUUCGUGCGCCUCUUUGUGGACAGCGGUGCUGACAUGGCCGAGUUCUUAACCUAUGGGCGGCUGCAGCAACUUUACCACUCCGUAUCCCCCAAGAGCCUCCUCUUUGAACUGCUACAGCGUAAGCAUGAGGAGGGCCGGCUGACGCUGGCUGGCUUGGGUGCACAGCAGGCCCGGGAGCUGCCCAUUGGAAUGCCUGCUUUCUCACUCCACGAGGUCUCCCGUGUACUGAAGGAUUUCCUGCACGAUGCCUGCCGUGGUUUCUACCAAGACGGGCGCAGGGCAGAGGAGAGAGGGCCGCCCAAGCGACCGACAGGCCAGAAGUGGCUGCCAGAUCUCAAUCGGAAGAGUGAGGACCCUUGGAGAGACCUGUUCCUCUGGGCUGUGCUGCAGAACCGUUAUGAGAUGGCCACAUACUUCUGGGCCAUGGGCCAGGAGGGUGUGGCUGCUGCUCUGGCCGCCUGCAAGAUCAUAAAGGAAAUGUCUCACCUGGAGAAGGAAGCAGAGGUGGCCCGCACCAUGCGUGAGGCCAAGUAUGAGCAGCUGGCCCUGGAUCUUUUCUCAGAGUGCUACAGCAACAGCGAGGACCGCGCCUUCGCCCUGCUGGUACGCAGGAACCACAGCUGGAGCCGGACCACUUGCUUGCACCUGGCCACUGAAGCCGAUGCCAAGGCCUUCUUUGCCCAUGAUGGUGUGCAAGCAUUCCUGACCAAGAUCUGGUGGGGAGACAUGGCCACAGGCACGCCCAUCCUACGGCUGCUGGGUGCCUUCACCUGCCCAGCCCUCAUCUAUACCAACCUCAUCAGCUUCAGUGAGGAUGUCCCACAGAGGAUGGCCCUGGAAGAUCUGCAGGAGCCAGACAGCUUGGAUGUGGAAAAGAGCUUCCUGUGCAGCCAGGGCGGCCAAUUGGAGAAGCUGACAGAGACACCAAGGGCUUCAGGCGAACUGGGCCCACAAGCUGCCUUCCUGCUCACACGGUGGCGGAAGUUCUGGGGAGCGCCUGUGACUGUGUUCCUGGGGAAUGUGGUCAUGUACUUUGCAUUCCUCUUCCUCUUCACCUAUGUCCUGCUGGUGGACUUUCGGCCACCUCCCCAGGGGCCAUCUGGGUCUGAGGUCACCCUCUAUUUCUGGGUGUUCACACUGGUGCUGGAGGAAAUCCGACAGGGCUUCUUUACAGACGAGGACACACGCCUGGUGAAGAAGUUUACUCUGUAUGUGGAGGACAACUGGAACAAGUGUGAUAUGGUGGCCAUCUUCCUGUUCAUUGUUGGUGUCACCUGCAGGAUGCUGCCCUCGGUGUUUGAGGCUGGCCGCACUGUUCUGGCCAUCGACUUCAUGGUGUUCACACUUCGGCUCAUCCACAUCUUUGCCAUUCACAAGCAGCUGGGGCCUAAGAUCAUCAUUGUAGAGCGGAUGAUGAAGGAUGUCUUCUUCUUCCUCUUUUUCCUGAGCGUGUGGCUUGUGGCCUAUGGUGUGACCACUCAGGCCCUACUGCACCCCCACGACAGCCGUUUGGAGUGGAUUUUCCGCCGAGUGCUCUACCGGCCUUAUCUGCAGAUCUUUGGGCAAAUCCCUCUGGACGAGAUCGAUGAGGCCCGUGUGAACUGUUCGCUUCAUCCUCUACUGCUGGAAAGCUCGGCUUCCUGCCCCAAUCUCUAUGCCAACUGGGUGGUCAUUCUCCUUCUGGUCACCUUCCUGCUGGUCACCAAUGUGCUACUUAUGAACCUGCUGAUCGCCAUGUUCAGCUACACAUUCCAAGUGGUCCAGGGCAACGCCGACAUGUUCUGGAAGUUUCAACGCUACCACCUCAUCGUUGAAUAUCACGGGCGACCAGCUCUGGCCCCGCCCUUCAUCCUGCUCAGCCACCUGAGUCUGGUGCUCAAGAGGGUCUUCAGGAAAGAAGCCCAGCACAAGCGUCAACACCUAGAGAGAGAUUUGCCUGCCCCCUUGGACCAGAAGAUCAUUACCUGGGAAACAGUUCAGAAGGAGAACUUCCUGAGCACCAUGGAGAAACGGAGGAGGGACAGCGAGGGAGAGGUGCUGAGGAAAACGGCACACAGAGUGGACUUGAUUGCCAAAUACGUCGGGGGGCUGAGAGAGCAAGAAAAGAGGAUCAAGUGUCUGGAAUCACAGGCCAACUACUGUAUGCUUCUCCUGUCCUCCAUGGCUGACACAGUGGCUCCAGGCGGCACCUACUUAAGCUCUCAGAACUGUGGUCGCAGGAGUCAGCCAGUCUCUGCCAGAGACAAGGAGUACCCAGAGGCUGGCUUGCCACCCUCAGACACCUGA